AUGCCAAUCCCGUUUUAUCGUCCCCUACCGGCCAUUCCAGGUAUAUACGGGAGUCAAACCCUCCCUGAGCAAAAAGCGAAUAUCCUAUCGAGGAUAGUCUUUCAUUGGGUUACACCAAUUAUGAGAGCGGGUUAUUCCAGACCACUCGAAGCCGAAGAUCUAUGGAUGUUAACGAGUGAUCUAGAGUGUAAAAAUAUUGCCGAUCAGCUUCAAAGCCACCUUGAUAAACAGUCUGACAGCCGAGAAACUCUUCGACACACAUCAGACAAUGAAAAAGUGUCUGCAAAUGGGAAAAUGAAAUCUUCGAACGUACGAGACAGUAUUGCUUUAAUUGAUACUCUCGAUGGAUACUCUAUUCAAAAUCCCUCUGUCAAAUUGGAACCAACGUAUCCAACCAAUUCCAGAUUUGGACGUCAAACCUCGAAUGAUGACUACAAAAACGAUCCCGAUAUGUCCUCUGGUUCAGCACAUCAACUCCGGAAUAGUAAAUCUGGUCAAGGAAGCUUGUUGAAAGCUAUGUAUAUGACUGUUUGGUCGCAAUGGUGGAAAGCAGUGAUAUGUAAAGGUUGUGCAGCCGGUCUUCAAAUCACCGCACCACUAGUUACCCGACUACUCAUCGAUCAAUUGAUUCUAUCUCACGAUAAUCAACAAAACCCUUCUGCGAAGCCACCAAGAUCUGUGGGGUACAUGAUCGGUUUGGCAUUCGCUUUAUUCGUCAUGGUUCAAUGUGCUAGUUUAUUCUCUUAUCAGGCUUUACAGAGGGGUAGCGUAGUGGGUUUUAUGAUGAGGGCUGCCUUGAUCGAUCUGAUAGGGAGAAAGUCAAUGAGAUUAUCAAGUACUUCCAAAAUUGAAUUCACAAGUGGUAAACUCACCACAAUGGUUUCAGCAGAUGCAUCCUUUCUUGAUUUCUCGGCUCCUAUGACUCUCGAUCUAGUAGUUCAGCCCAUCCAGAUUGCGGUAGGCCUGGGACUGUUGAUCUGGACAUUGGGCUAUUCAGCUUUAGUCGGUUUGGCCGUUUUGGCUUUAGCAGGUCCACUUCAAGCAUACAUGUUCACUCGAAUGAUCCACACUCGCCAAUCUCAAUUACAAUACGUCGAUUCCCGAGUCCGCUUACUCUCAGAGACCAUAUCGUCUAUACGGUCCGUCAAGCUAUUCGCAUACGUCCAAUUCUUUUCGAAUAAAGUGAAUGAUAUGCGGAAGAACGAAUUGAUCUAUCUUAGGAAAAAUGGAUUCAACAGAGCUACGAUGAAUGCUACGAUGGCUGUUAUACCCACUUUGGCAGCUGUUCUAACAUUCGUCACGUAUGGCUUGACAGGACACGAGUUGAACGCAGCCAUAAUUUUCUCGGGAUUACAGUAUUUCAACGUCUUGAAAACACCUAUUUCAUUCUUGCCUAUGUGCUUUACAGCUGUAAGCGAUGCGUUGGUUGGUAUUCAUCGGAUCGGUGCUUUACUCCGCUCAGAAGAGAUCUCACCUAAACUCAACAUCAAUCAUCAGUCCGAAUAUGCUCUCGACGUACGAGGUGAUUUCCAGUUUGAGAGUCUACCUGAAUCAAACGAUAAACCCCAAUGCGGAUCAGAGCCAGGAACAGAGGAGAAUGACGAGAAGGACCCGGAAAGAUCUUCCAUCAAGUCGAUUGAACCUUUCGCAUUACGAAAUAUCGAUUUGAAGAUACCUCGAGGUGCUCUGGUUUGCAUCGUCGGGAAAGUCGGUACAGGUAAAUCAGCAUUACUAUCAUCUUUGAUAGGGGAUAUGCGUCAACUGGACGGUCAUACAGUGUUCGGUGGAUUAGUAAGCUACGUACCUCAACAAGCUUGGAUCCAUUCUGGUAGUAUUCGAGAUAAUAUCACUUUUUCUGCCACAUCCAAAGAAAUCGAUUUCGGCAGGUUUGGAAAUGUCAUCGAUGCUUGUGCUUUAAGGAGCGAUAUUGAUGCGAUGAACCAUGGUGAUCUCACGAAUGUCGGUGAGAAAGGUUUGCUCCUCUCUGGAGGUCAACGACAGAGACUCUCUCUCGCUCGAGCCGCAUACUCCCAUUCCAACAUCGUUCUGCUCGACGAUCCCUUAUCAGCGGUCGAUGCGAAUGUUUCGCAUCAUAUUUUGAAAGAGUGUAUACUCGGUGAAUUGAUGAGGGAUCGAACGAGGUUGAUCUUCACUCAUCAGAUGGAUAUUCUACCUCAUGCGGAUCUGGUAUUAGUGAUGGACCGUGAUAGUGAAGGGGGUGGUGAGAUAGUCCAGCAGGGUAAUUGGCAUGAUCUGAAAAUGCAGGAAGGUCCAUUCCGCUCCUUCAUCUCGGAAUACACCUCCGACCGUUCAGCUUCUACACCUACUCUUAAACCUGCAAACCCCGAAUCCUCAACUGCGUCCGACAAGGACAGUAAGAAAGACAAGGCUUCAGGAGUUAAUACGAUGGAAGAAGAUCGUCAGAUUGGAUCUAUACCUUGGUCGGUAUACAUCACCUACUUCAGAUCUAUGGGAACUUUAUUAUGGCCAAUUACGUUCGGGUCAAUGUUACUCCUGACCCAGGCUGCUACGGUUGGUAAUAGUUUAUGGCUCGGUUGGUGGUCUGGUGACAAGUUUGAGGGUUUGGGUCAAGUUGGAUAUAUGGGUAUAUAUGGUGCUCUGGGUGUGGCGAUCGGUUUGUUCACUUGGGGAGCAUCCUACACAAUGUUCGUAGCUGGUUUGAAAGCUUCCUAUCGACUAUUCGAGCAAGCUUGGGAACGCGUUAUGAGAGCUCCAGUCAGAUGGCAUGAUCAGACACCUAGUGGUAGAAUCAUCAAUCGGCUUUCUAAAGAUAUCGAGAUGCUGGAUGACAGGAUGGCUUUCUCCUGGGAGACAUUACUUGUCAACGGUUUAGCGGCCGUAGGCACUUUCGGACUAAUCCUAUAUACCUAUCCAUGGUUGGGUAUCGCAUUCAUCCCUUUAUGUCUUUUCUAUUGGCUUUGUGGAGGAUAUUAUCGUCAAACGUCCAGGGAAGUCAAGAGGAUUGAUUCGAUAACCAGAUCUCAAAUAUAUAGUUCAUUCGGAGAACAGCUUGCUGGGCUUUCGGUCAUUCGAGCAUUCGGUAAACAAGAUACCUUCAAAGAGAGGAUGCGAAACGCUAUAAAUGUCGAGGGUUGUGCUUACAUCUUGACACUGGUGAUACAACGAUGGCUAGGGGUCCGACUUGAUUUAUCCUCUAACUUGUUGAUAUUGCUCAUCGCCAUAUUCGGUAUAUCAUUCCGCAAUUCCGUCGACCCAGCUUCGUUCGGAGUGGUCUUCUCAUAUGCAUUAGCAGCCGCUCAACUUUUCUCCAACCUAGUCUCCCUAUACGCUCAGGUAGAGCUGGAAAUGAAUAAUGCAGAACGUAUACUGCAUUACACCACACUUCCCUCUGAGCCCCCUCCCUACACCUCGCAAGACCCCCCCAGUGGCACCUGGCCGACCGAGGGUGAAAUCAUAUUCAAAAACGUCUCUCUCCGAUAUUCCGAGAACGGUCCGUGGGUAUUGAAGAAGUUAAAUUUCCACAUUGAGGCAGGAGAGAAGAUAGGUGUGAUUGGACGAACGGGUGCAGGGAAAAGUAGUUUGGUAGGUGCUAUUAUGGGGAUGAAUGAUAUCAAAGGUGAGAUAAGGGUUGAUGGGUUGAAUCUAAAAGGAAUCGGGAUAGAUACUGUAAGAGAAAGAAUAGGAAUUAUACCUCAAGAUGCAUUCCUUUUUGAAGGCACGAUAAGACAAAAUCUAGAUCCUCUGUCAAUUCAUUCGGACCACUAUCUGAAUUCUCUCCUUUCUUUGAUCCAUUCGGAUCCAUUAUUACCUUCCUCUCAAUCUACCAAAGACAAGUUCAAAUUGGAUUCCCAAGUAAGCUCGGAGGGUGCCAAUUUCAGUGCGGGCGAGAAACAACUUUUGGCUCUCAUCCGAGCUUUAGCAAGAAAUACAAAGAUCCUCUUACUUGACGAAGCUACUUCUUCCGUUGAUCCCGAGACGGACGCUUUGAUACAACGUAUAAUCCAGAAUCACCUCAACGGAGUUACUUUGAUCUCGAUAGCACACAGGCUACAGACUGUAGCGUAUUACGAUAGGAUCUUGGUCUUAGAUCAAGGUAGAGUAGUAGAGUACGAUACACCCUUAGGUCUGUAUGAUAUACGAGAUUCGAUUUUCCGUCAAUUAUGUGACAGAGUGCAACUCGGUCGAACUGAUUUGUUGCGUCUGCGACACGAUGCCUUAUACGCCCUUCAAGCUUCUCGAGACGACAAGUCCCUGUUCAACCAUUACAGUAUCGCUGAAGCCUGGGUACAAAAUGGUGGCGUAAGAGUAUCGGAGUAUAGAUCAUGA